AUGUAUAAUUAUAAAUACCCGUUUUUAUCUUCCUUGCUCUCUUCAAACCAACACAACACUACUUAAACUUUUGAACCAACUUCAUUCAUUCACUAAAUAUGGUUGAUUUAGAAUGGAAACAAAAUAUGCUAAACUCAAAAAAUAUAUCUCCCAAAUCACCCAAACUCUCUUUACCCUUUCCCACUUUAAAGCUUCCACUUCCACUUUUACCAAACGACAUCUCUACAGCGUCGUCCACACUUUGCACCUUAUACGACAACUACCUCCGCCUCCCUCACCUCAAAACCCUUUGGGCCUCCAACAACUUCCCUAAUUGGGCCAACGAGCCCAUCAUAAAACCCGCUUUACACGCUCUCGAAAUCACUUUCCGAUUAAUCUCAACCGUUUCAUCAGACCCAAGACCCUACGUCAACAAACGCGAAUGGGCCCGACGGGCCGAAUCACUCGCCAAAGCCCAAAUCCAACUCAUCUCCAUACUCUGCGAAGACGAAGAACAUAACCCAAACUCACGUGGCAAUGCUCCUGUGACUGACGUCAGCAAUAUAAGCCAAAUCAGAAGCUAUAGCGAACAAAGCUUGCUCCCAAAACUCGCCACGUGGCAGAAAUCAAAGGAUAUAGCACAGAGAAUCCUUUCCACCGUGGAAUACGAAAUGAUGAGGUGUCCUUACACGUUAGGUUUAGGAGAACCGAAUUUUAACGGAAAGAAAAUUCUCCGUUACGACGACGUUUGCAAACCGAAUUUGUUACACUCGCUAGAAACAACGCCGUUCGAUCACGUCGGGAACUACGAAAACAGAACGCUACACGCGACGCACCAGAUUAUGGAAUCGUGGACACGCGCCGCGCGCGUGUUGAUGGAUCGAGUGAACGAAGCGAUUGACGGUAAAAGAUUCGAGAAAGCCGCGAGUGAAUUACACGCGGUGGAGAAGAUCUGGAAGGUUCUAAUAGAGAUCGAAGAUAUGCAUUUGAUGAUGGAUCCGGAGGAUUUUCUGAAACUGAAGAAACAAUUAGGGAUUCGAAAAUGGAACGAAACGGUGCCGUUUUGUUUCCGUUCGAAGGAGUUGGUGGAGAUAAUGAAGAUGAGUAGGGAAUUAAAAGGGAAGGUGCCGGAGAUAUUGGAAGUGGAGGUGGACCCCACAGGUGGGCCCGGAGUGAUGGAAGAAGCGAUGAAGGUUUAUUUGGAGAAGAAGAGUGAGAAGGUUCAUGUGUUGCAAGCGAUGCAGGGGAUUGAGUUGGUGAUGAAGAGAUUUUUCUUUGCGUAUAAACAGGUUGUGACGGUUAUGAUGGGAACUACUGAGUCAAAUUCGGAAUCGUUGAGUCAGAUAUUUUUUGAACCUACUUCUUUUCCUAGCUUGGAUGCUGCUAAGACUUUUCUUGGCUAUUAUUUGGAAAAUUAUGAAAAUACAAUUCAUUGGUAAUGUAAUUCAAAUUAUGAAAAUAUAUUAUACUUAGAUAGUACAAACACACAGAUUCAAAAGGUAAAAGAAUUAUUCUUCGUUUUUCAUGUGGAUUCCAUUUUGUAAUAGGUUGUUUGUAAUUUUUUUUAAACCAUAUUUGUUUGUAAAAUAUUUAUCUUUUGAAUCAAAUAUUUUUUGUUAAUUUAAA